AGCACUUAAAAAGAAAGAAACUUAGAAAGACCAGAACGAGUUCGAGAACACAUUUUGCGUUUUGUGUUCGUGUGGGUGUGCAAAAGAAAAAAAAACGAUUACUACUACAACAACACCAAAUUUCUUCAAACAACUUGAAACGCAAUGUCCGCCAACGAGGCUGGGGACGGCGCUGCUGAGGCGUCCGCUAUGACCAACGGCGUUUCGGCUAACGAGUCAGCACCUUCGCCGGCACCUUCACCAGCGCCGCCGGCUACGUCAUCGCCACCGCCAACAGCACUGUCGCAGCAGCAGCCGCAGCCAUCAACAGCUAUGGACGAUGGCAACGUAACGGCACAAAUUAGUUCUGCUGCACAGUUCGAAGGUGGCGUUUCAACAUACGGUGCGGUCAAACAGUUUAACGAAGCGAAAAAUAACAACAACAGCAACACUGAUUAUACGAAAUCGAACGGCUAUCAUCACAGCCCGAAUAAUCACUACAACAACAACAACAGCGCUAAUAAUUUUGACAACACUGGCAGUCCAUUAAAAAGUCAGCAACAACAACGUGGUGUGGGCCGUGAGACCAGCUUUCAUCCCAUACAACAGCAUCACUUACGUCAAGCGGAGGACAGUGACAAUGAAGAUUACGAGCUGCAAGGCGCUGCUGGUGGCUUAAGCGGUGCUCCGAUCGGUGAUUAUUGGCAACAACGUAACGGUAUUGUCGGCGCACCGGCCAGCGGACGUCAAAGUCGCGCUCUAAGUCCCACAUACAUCGAUAAUAUGAGCGAGAAUUCGGAGCAACCGCCCGUAGUGCCACUCGUACGCUCCAAAUCCCGGCCAGAGUUAUCGUCCAAUGCGCAUUUGAAUUCCGCAAUGAGCGCCGCUAGUCGCUAUAAUAAUCUCUCGUACUGGAAGGCGCGUCGUGUGGUCUUCUAUCGCAAUGGCGAUCCCUUCUUUCCGGGCGUGGAGUUACGUUAUCGUCCCGGUCGCGAUAUCACAUCGUUGGAUAGUUUGUUGGAUAAGAUUUCGCCUAAAAUGGAUUUGCCACGUGGCGCCCGUUAUGUGUUCUCGAUGGACGGUGAUCGCAAAUAUCAUUUGGAUGAGCUCGAAGAUGGCGCUUCGUAUGUGGUGUCGUCGUUCAAGGCGUUCAAGCCGGCUAGUUACGGUAAAAAGAACGGCAUGUGGUACGCCUCGCCCGGUAAUCAGGGUUGGGGCUCGAAACCGGCCAGUCGUAAGCCAUCGAUUAUGGAGGCAGACUUGGGCACAUUAUCGACCACAUCGGGCUCGAUCAAACGCAGCGCCGGACGUGUUAUACGUAUCAUCAAUAAUUUGGAUCAUUCAGUGCAGUGUCGUGUGCUGUUGAAUUUGCGCACAUCGCAGCCAUUCGAAGAGGUCUUAGAAGAUUUGGGUCAAGUGUUGAAAAUAAAUGGCGCCAAGAAAAUGUACACGGGCACAGGACAAGAGGUACGCAGCUUUUCACAACUACGCAACGAGUUUGCCGAUGUUGACACAUUUUAUCUAGCAACUGGCACUGCCUUAAUUGCCGGUUCGCCUAUUAGGCGUUCACGUUCGCGCCCCUCCGUUGUCGCCGCAGCGCCCAUACUACCCACAGAAGAACUGCCUAAGGUUCCUUUACGCGGUGCACGUCCACGCAGUAAAAGUCGUCCACGCAUUCUCUAUGCGCCGGAGAGUGAGAUUUUACGUGCGAACGGUGAAUACAGCAUGUUGGACAUUAUGAAAGAGGAGCCCACCAAAGUGACUAUACGUGGCUUGCGGCGUACCUUCUAUCCACCAUUACAUCAUGCGCCCGCGGAUAAUACGCCGCCCGAUAAAAAAUUGCAGCUACAGUGGGUUCAUGGCUACCGUGGUAUUGAUGCACGUCGUAAUCUCUGGGUUUUGCCAUCGGGUGAGCUAUUGUAUUACGUAGCUGCUGUGGCUGUACUGCUGGAUCGUGAGGAAGAUGCACAGCGACACUAUACUGGACACACGGAGGAUAUUAUGUGCAUGGACGUACAUCCAUCACGUGAGCUGGUGGCUUCGGGACAGAAAGCGGGACGCGAUCGUAAAUCACAGGCGCAUGUGCGCAUUUGGAGCACCGAAUCACUGCAGACACUUUAUGUUUUCGGCAUGGGCGAGUUGGAUAGCGGCGUCACAGCGGUGGCCUUUUCACAACUGAACGGUGGCAGCUAUAUAUUGGCUGUGGAUAGCGGGCGCGAAAGCAUACUUUCGGUUUGGCAGUGGCAAUGGGGUCAUCUGCUCGGCAAAGUUGCAACGCUGCAAGAAGGCCUCUCAGGCGCCGCCUUUCAUCCGCUGGACGAUAAUCUCAUUAUCACACAUGGGCGUGGUCAUCUGGCUUUUUGGCAUCGUCGCAAAGAUGGCUUUUUCGAACGCACCGAUAUUGUUAAGCAGCCAUCACGUUCGCAUGUCACCAGCGUGCAAUUCGAACCGGAUGGUGAUGUCAUCACUGCCGAUUCCGAUGGUUUCAUAACCAUUUAUUCGGUUGACUCGGAUGGCGCCUACUUUGUACGCACCGAAUUCGAGGCACACAACAAAGGUAUUGGUUGUCUGAUUAUGCUGGGCGAAGGUACGCUGCUGUCGGGCGGUGAGAAGGAUCGUAAAAUUGCCGCCUGGGACUCCUUACAAAAUUACAAAAAGAUUGCAGACACAAAACUUCCUGAAGCCGCUGGCGGCGUACGCACUAUUUAUCCACAACGUCCCGGACGCAAUGAUGGCAAUAUUUAUGUGGGCACCACACGUAAUAACAUUUUAGAGGGUUCACUGCAGCGUCGCUUUACACAAGUCGUUUUCGGCCAUGGUCGCCAAUUGUGGGGCUUGGCUGCACACCCCGAAGAUGAGGUGUUCGCCACUGCCGGCCAUGAUAAACAUAUCGCACUGUGGCGCAAAAACAAAUUAAUUUGGACUAUACAAACUGGUUACGAGUGUGUUUCACUAGCUUUUCAUCCAUUUGGCACUGCACUGGCUGCUGGCAGCACUGAGGGUCAUCUGCUUGUCAUCAAUUGUGAGAAUGGUUCCGUUAUGCUGACGUUGCGUGUCUGCGGCUCACCGCUGAACUGUGUAGCGUUCAAUCAAGUUGGCGACAUGAUCGCAAUGGGCUCGCAGAAUGGCAGCAUAUAUUUGUUCCGCGUAUCGCGCGACGGUUUCUCUUACAAGAAGGUGAAUAAAAUACGCGGCUCACAGCCACUCACACAUCUGGACUGGAGCAUGGAUGGCAAUUUCGUGCAAACGGUCACCAUUGACUUCGAUCUACUCUUCUGGGAUGCUAAGUCACUCUCGCCGGAGCGAAGUCCCAUUGCUAUGAAAGAUGUCAAAUGGUUGACUAGCAAUUGCACUGUUGGCUUUUUGGUGGCAGGCAUGUGGAGUAACCGUUACUACAGCAACAACAACACAAUUAUUGCCACCUGCAGUCGUUCGGCGGCGCAAGACAUGCUGGUGUCCGGUGAUGCCGAUGGCUAUCUGCGCAUUUUCAGAUAUCCCUGUAUUAGUCCACGUGCCGAAUUUCACGAAGCGAAAGUCUAUUCCGGUAUGCUGGCAUGUUCACGUUUUCUCUACGGCGAUCAGACUGUCGUUACAGUGGGCGGCACAGACGCCUCACUCAUGGUUUGGGAUCUCGUAGAAGAAUAACUGCAAUGGCCACCGUGGCGUACGACU